GGAAAUAAAAACACGAGGUAAUUGUUGUAAACACUGAUAGAUUAUGUAUAGAUGAUAAAGUAAGGGACUUCUCAUAUCUGUGGCGUAUAUUAUAUUAAACAAAAUUGCUACAAUAAAUUUUUCUAUUUUCUAUUCUAUGGUUCAAAUUUAUUUCUCAAGAGUAUUUAAUAAUAAUACAAUCAAAAUUUUAAGUUAAUAAUUAUUUUUGACUAAAAAAAUUAAAUAAUCACAAUCUAUUGUCAACAAAAAAUUAAAUAACAACGAUGGCGAGCAAUCAGAAAAAUCCAAAAAAUAUAACGUCGAAAUCCAAAGCUGAUAAUGAAAAAUUAUUAACAUGUUAUAUAUGCCACGAGUCGGAGAAUAAAAAUUUCAGGAAAACUCACUGUACAAAUAAAGAACAUUCUAUGAGAGAACAAUUUUUCAAGAAGAAUUUUGUCAAUAUCUCAGGCGGUCGUGUUCAUUGCAAAUUAUGUAAGAUAAAUAUUUCAAAUUAUUUAUUUAUAAAACAUGCAAGAAAUCACAAACUGAUGCCAUGGUACAAACCAGAAGAUGAACAUGAAUUAUUAUUUGAAAAUUUCAUAUCACCGGUAAAAAGUAACGAUCAGUUUAAAUACUACUGUCAUCUGUGUGAUCUCGUAACUAAUCAUUGGUUUGAAUUAUUAACACACAUCGAUGAGAUAUUUCAUCAAGAAUUGCUGAGUAAUUUUAAAAAAAACAUUUUUGUGAAAGAAAUAUCACCAACACUGCGAAAAGAAUUAACUGUAAAUGGAAUUUUUGCUUUUCAUUCAAAGCUACUGCAGUGUUGGUUGUGCCAGUGUAUUAUUGGAGGGUACAGGGAUUCAAAAGCGCACAUUGCUAAUGAAACUCAUCAAAGUAAUUUCGUAAAACUACAUGAAAUAAUAUUAGGAAAAACAAAAUUAGUCCCAAUCGUUACAGUGACAAAUAAUGAUUCUACAUCAGAACCAUUUCCUAAAUAUUUUGAUAAUUUUAUUGCAAAACGUGCAGAUGAUAAUUAUUAUUGUAAUUUAUGUGAAAAUGAAUAUUUAUCAUUGACUCUGAUACUGGAACAUAUAGACGAUCCUGUACAUAUAAAUCUUUGGAUACAUGAAAGACGUAGCCGUGGAAUUGUUGCCGAUACUUCAUUUUCGUUUGAUUUUUGUCAAGUACUUGUGGAAAAUAACAUUUUUAAAUUUGAUUUUUCACAUUUAAAGUGCUACUCAUGUAAAAAUAUUAUUUUUCUGGAUGAUAGUGUUGAUGAUCAUAUUAAACGUCACAAAAAUAAUAUCCGUUGUGGUUCUCUUGCUGUAGCAAGUGAUCCGAUUAACUUAAAUGGGGACAAUAAUGAUGAUAAAAAUCAUUUAUUUGUACUGUCCGAAUCAAAAAACGAUUUUUUUACAUAUUUUGAAAACUUUAUCGAGAAACGUGAUAAAGUUUAUGUAUGUCAUGUAUGUAAUAUUAAUUUACCGUCAUUAUUUACCGUAAUAAAUCAUACAAUAAAUCGGGAUCAUCAAAAUUUGGUGAGAAAUAUAAAAAAAUGUAAAAAUUUCCAAAUGCCUAUAAGGAAAAUUAAUAAAAUUAUUAUUUUCGUCACUAAUGGGAUUUUCCAAUUUAGUGAUACAAAGUUGAAAUGUCACACAUGCCAGGUCAUUUUUGGAUCAUCGAAAGCUGCGAAAGAACACGUUCUUGAUCCACAACAUCAAAUUGAAAGACAGAAGCUCACUGGCUGCCAAUUAUCAGCAGAACAAGAGUAUGAAAAAACAGUUUCUGUUACGAAACAUUAUAAAGAUAUUCCUUCGAAGCUUGGUACUUUAAAUUCAUCAACAAAACAAGAUAAUGAAGAUAAUGAAGAGGCGACUACUGAUGAAAUAUUUUAUAGAGUUCCUUUGAUGCAGGAUAAUCAUGAGUUGCUACCAGAACAAAUAAAUAAAAAAACUACAGCUAAGAUUCAAAAAUAUCCAGAGUACAUUUGCUCAAUGUACAUAGACGAUGAUGAAAAAAUCUUAACAUGUUUUAUUUGUUCCAUAACACAAUUAUGGAAGAAACAUAUAACGGAUCAAGAGCAUUUAUGUAGACAAAAAUUUUUCUUUCAUAAUUUUUCCGACUCUCCGGGAGAUAAAGUUGUAUGCAAAGUAUGUAAGAAUGAUGUUCCUAAAAGUUCAGUUAUAGAUCAUGCUGCUGACGAGCAUCAGUUGAUGCCAUGGUAUAGACCCGCUGAUGAGUUUGUUACUUGUUUCAAAAAUUAUAUUUUUCCAAUGGGUUAUAAGUAUUAUUGUCAUUUAUGCGAUAAAGUAUUUUACCGGUGGUAUCUUGGAUUGGAACAUAUAAAGUCUAUAAAACACUGUGAAAAUGUUAAAGAACGGAUUAAAGAUCAAGAUAUUGAUAAUGAAGCUUUGUCACCUGACUUUUGCGAAAAAUUAUCCACCAAUAAUAUUUUUCCAUUAAGUUUCGAGCAAUUGCGAUGCUGGGCUUGUGAUUUUGUUAUUGAUGGCUAUGAGAAUGCCGAUAAGCAUAUUACCAGUCGAGGGCAUGUGAACUUUUUACGACAAAAAAAAACUCAAUUGCUAGGAUGGAAGUACAAAAAUUCAGAAAAUGAUUUUGAAAAAAAAUUACCUCCUGGUAAUGCAUCUGUUCGUCAUAAUAAAUCUGAUAUCCGUUCAAAUACUCGAUGUAUUGGAGGGCAGCUUUAAAAAUUUUUUUUUCUCAAUCCAAGUCAAGAAUAUUAUUGAAUUCAAAGAUUCAAAGUCGUGAUAUUAAUGAUUAACAUAAGUGUAUUUUUUUUUUGUAUUCAUUCAUCUAGUAUUUUUCUAUUGUUAUUUCUUAGUAUGAAAGUUAUUCUCACUUUGAUAAAAUGAGCAUAUAUUUUUUACACUUUUAUACUUUAAGUAUUUUUGAUGUUUGUAAAAGAUUUAGAAAAUAAAAAUUAAACCUUCAGAGUUCAAAAAAAUUUA